GAAAAGAAUCUUGACAUAUGAAGAGGCUAUCUUGACGAAAGCAUCAAUGACACAAGACCAUCAUAACUCGCACGACACCAGCAAAGUCAGCAAAUCAGUUCAACAACAUACAGGCUGUCCACUGACAGACCUCUACAAGACUUUCGAUUAUACUUCGGCAGUCAACGAUUCUCUACAGAACCCAACAUGGGUCUCGGAGGCGUCAAGUCUUUGCUGUCGAGAUCCCGUGUGCCAUCAUCUCCCGCCGGUCGUCGCAUUCCGAUCCGACUGGGACAGAAGUUCACAUUACGGGACGAACACCGCGGCAAGCCAUACAUUUCAAACAGUAUCAAGACCUCCAAAUACAAUGUCUUUGACUUCCUUCCCCGGCAACUCCUUUUCCAGUUUUCGAGACUGGCUAAUGCCUACAUGCUCAUCAUCUCCAUCUUGCAAAUGAUCCCCGGUUUCAGCGCAACCGGAAAAUACACGACACUUAUUCCUCUGGUCAUCUUCUUGGGACUCAUUAUAUCAAAAGAAGGGUACUACGAUUGGAAGAGAUAUCGCCAAGAUGUGGCAGAGAACAACCGAAAGGCUAUGGCUCUUCGAAGUGCCGCGACUGGAGCUAAGGGCUUUAUGCCUGCAGGACACCAGUACUACGAAGGUUCAAAUUCGAUCGGGCAUCAGUGGAUGAGCAUCAACUGGAAAGACCUCCGGGUGGGAGACAUCGUGUCCCUAUCAAGGGACGAAGAUGUGCCAGCGGACAUGGUGCUGUUGCACGCUGACGGCCAAGAGGGAGUGGCCUAUGUCGACACAAUGGCCUUGGACGGCGAGACAAGUCUGAAGUCCAAGCAAAGGCCGGCAAAGCUUCCUGAAUGCGGCACGAUCGACCAAAUCGCUUCCUCCAACGCCGAAGUUCUUGCUGAGGACCCCAACGCAGAUCUCUAUCGCUUCGACAGCAAGCUCACAGUAGACGGUUUCACGUUACCUCUCACUGUCAACGAAGUCAUUUAUCGAGGAAGCACAAUACGCAACACGACGAAAGUUAUCGGAGUCAUCAUCAACACAGGGGAGGAAUGCAAAAUCAGGCUGAAUGCGAACAAGGAGACCAAACCUAAGCAGCCGGCACUGGAGAGAAUCACCAACUUCAUUGUCGUCUUCCUAAUGUUUUACGUCCUAAUCAGCUCUGCUGCGACUUCGAUGGGUUAUCUUGCUUGGAAGAAUUCUGAAGAGGACCAUGCUUGGUAUUUGUCUGGCACAUCGGUUCCCUUUGCAGACAUCUUUGUCGGCUUCAUCAUCAUGUUCAACAACGUCAUCCCGCUAUCGCUCUAUGUCGGACUCGAAGCAACCAAGCUGGGCCAGAUGACCCUCAUCAGCAACGACUUGGAGAUGUACCAUGACGAGACCGACACCCCUGCGGGAGUGAAUACAACCAAUAACCUCGACGACCUUGGCCAGAUCAGCUAUGUCUUCAGCGACAAGACCGGGACCCUUACGGAGAACAUCAUGAAGCUUCGAAGGCUCAGCAUCGCUGGAACGAGUUGGCUUCAUCAGAUGGAUUUACCAGAGUGCUCGGCAGCGAAUGUCAACUCGAAUUCGAACUUAACCACCGAGCACAUGCUUGAGUACAUCCGAUCGAAGCCCAACACUUUCUUCGCUGCCAAGGCCAUGAGAUAUAUCUUGGCUAUGUCACUUUGUCACACCUGUAUUCCGGAGAGAACUGACGAUGGGAAUAUCGACUUCCAAGCUUCGUCUCCUGAUGAGUUGGCACUGGUCAGAGGUGCGCAAGAACUGGGUUUUCUCGUCGUCCAGCGAUCAUCUCAGUCGGUCAGUGUACAGAUACCCCAUGCCGACGGGAACAGCUCGUGUACCGUCUUUGAGAUAUUGGACGUGAUUGAGUUUAGCAGCAAGCGCAAGCGAAUGACCGUAGUUCUUCGUUGUCCCGAUGGGAGACUGUGGCUCAUCUGCAAGGGAGCCGACUCCAUAGUCUUACCCCGGCUGCGAAUGGCCCCGGCAGACAUAAAGAGCACCCGACACAGCAACGCCGAACCGCUCAAGGGUGUGACCUCAAUGCCUUCGCGAUGGAGUUCAAGACGGUCGAGAAUUCCGGCUGAGACCAUCACCGAGAUCAGAGAGGAUGAUGACCGCUCAGUUUAUAGUCAAACAUUGGGAGACGUCGACGAUUUCGGGAUUCGGCUCCAGCCGCAACGACCGCAGAACGAUCCAGCACGCGACAGAGAGAACAGCCAAUCUCGGUUCGGAUUUCUGGAGGGAUCUUGGAUUGCUGACGAGGCUCGGAGCGUUCGCGAGUGUUUUGCCCACAUCGACAACUAUGCCACCGAGGGACUGCGCACUUUGGUGUACGCAGACAAGUUUCUCGACCCCGAAGAGUACAACAACUGGAAGCAUCUUCACCACGAAGCCGAGACUAGUCUCGUGAACCGCCAAGAACGCAUCGAGGAAGUGAGCGAGCUGCUGGAGCAGUCGCUCGAUCUUGUGGGAGCUUCUGCAGUGGAGGACAAGCUGCAGAUGGGGGUUCCGGAGACCAUUGAGAAGCUCCGACAGGCUAACAUUAAGAUCUGGAUGCUCACUGGUGACAAGCGAGAGACGGCCAUCAAUAUCGCUCACUCCACCAGAAUUGUCGGCCCCGAUACUUCUCUCUUCAUACUGGACGUAGAGAAGGGCGAUCUUGAGUUGCAACUCACUGGCAUUGCGGACGAGGUUCAGUUCGGUCUCCCGCAGGUGUACUCCGACCCGACUCGCUCGCACACGGCAAUUGUGAUCGACGGCGAAACCUUGACUGCAAUUGAAGAUCCAUCCGCGAUUCGACUGCGUCGACUAUUCGUCACAAUAAUGACCAAAGUCGACUCCGUUAUCUGCUGCCGUGCAUCUCCUGCCCAGAAAGCUCUGCUUGUUGCUGAAAUCGGCAAAGGCCCUCAGAAGAAGUCACACUGGUACAGUUGGCUUAGCCCGACCUUGAACAAGCCCUUGACUCUUGCCAUUGGCGAUGGUGCUAACGAUCUGGCCAUGAUAUCUGCAGCCAAUGUCGGUGUGGGAAUUUCUGGCAGAGAAGGUCAACAGGCUGCCCGUGUGGCGGACUUCAGCAUCUCUCAGUUCCGGUAUCUGUCUCGGCUGGUACUUGUUCAUGGCCGCUGGAACUACUACCGCACAACACGAUUCAUUGUGGCAACGUUCUGGAAGGAGACUUUCUUCUACCUCCCGCAGGCACUUUUUCAAGAGCAAACCGGAGCCACGGGUACAAGUUUGUACGAACCGGGAAGUCUCACUUUUGUCAGUUUCUUCACCGCAGCAUGCAUCCUCGUCAUUGGAACUUGGGAGCAGGAUCUACACUCGCGGACUCUGACGGUGGUUCCGGAGUUGUUCAAAUACGGACAGAAUGCUGAGGGUCUCAACAUGUCGGUGUAUUUCAGUUGGUUCAGCAACGCGCUGAUUGCGGGACUCAUCGUCUACGCCGGUGCUUGGGCGGGUUACAUGGACUCUGAGAUGAUCGACGAUGACGGGUUGUAUGCCCAAGGAUUACUGACCUUCGUCUUGUGUGGAAUCUGGGUCAACAUCAAGCUACUAGUGAUCGAGCUGCAUUACAAGACCAGAGUUGCUCUCUGGUCUAUCGUUGGCAGUCUCGCGGUCUUGUGGGCUUAUUUGCUCAUCGCUGGCGCCAUCUCUUCCCCAAGUUCCGGUCCUUAUUCUGUUCACGGGGGUCUGACCUUAGAGUUUGGCAGGGAUCAAGCAUGGUGGUCCACGCUAAUCAUGGUAUUGGCGGCAUUACUUCUGAUGGAGAUGGCCACGAAAGCACUGAGGCAGAGCCAUGUUCUGCGAGCUUGGCUGUCGAGGUGUUGGUCCUCGAGCGGAAGAGUUGAUGGCAAGGGCGGGGGUGUCAGGGAGGGCUUCAACGACUGGGAGCCCCGCCUUUGGCAGGAAAUGGAGAGAGACCCGAGUGUGAAGAAGGUGUUGCAUGGUCUCGGAAGAUAAUGAUGGAAUGGAGCUGGUCGGGACGUUUUCGACCUCCCAAGGAAUCAUAGCCUUAGGUAGACUUGAACUGAUUGAGGUGACAAAUAUGUACUGGUUUGAAAUUUACUAGCACCGU